GGCGCAAAGGAUAAGUAAUUGUGCCUGAAGCCAGAGGACUGGGGAUUUAGACUCGUCUGACUCUAAAGCCCACUGUGGUCUGUACCAAGGUGGAAGAGGGGCUGCCCUUGAAGCUCUUAGCCCCCAAAAGCGAAGAAAUCUUCAGCCCCCAGUGACAGGUGUUGUGCAGGCCAGCUGGAGUUGGGCAGUCCUCGGCCCUCAUGCCCUCGGCGGUGCGCUGCCAGGCUUCUCUCCAGCAGGACAGCGGGCAGUAGUUUGUCCGCACAGGCAGUGCCUGUAGGAGAACGGCCGCGAGUUCUCCCCAUGACCCAGGUGGCUGUGUCAGGCGAGGGUUUAGGAUUGGAGCAAGUAGACGGACUCAGAUUUUGCCAGAUAGCCUGGCUGCUCCUACUCUGCCUGGAGCCCAUACACCCUGCGACUGCUCUGACUUCCCUUGUCCCUGACUCUGACAGGUACAAUGUGGGAUGCACCAAACGAGUGGGGCUUUUCCACACGGACCGGAGCAAGCUGCAGAAGGCGGGAGCCACGACCCACAACCGCCGUCGGGCCAGCAAAGCGAGUCUGCCCACACUUACCAAGGAUACCAAGAAGCAGCCAACAGGCACUGUACCCCUUUCAGUUACGGCUGCAUUGCAGCUGACGCACAGCCAGGAAGACUCCAGCCGUUGCUCAGAUAACUCAAGCUAUGAGGAACCCCUGUCGCCCAUCUCAGCCAGCUCAUCCACCUCCCGCCGGCGACAAGGCCAGCGGGACCUGGAGCUCCCUGACAUGCACAUGCGGGACCUGGUUGGCAUGGGACACCACUUCCUGCCAAGUGAGCCCACCAAAUGGAACGUAGAAGAUGUCUACGAGUUCAUCCGCUCUCUGCCAGGUGAGGCCCUCGGAAGUUCCAUGCCUGCCCGGAAUAGCAAGGACUGAGGGAGGGAGAGAUCUCACCUCCCACCAUCCAGAAAGAUUGGGCAGUUCACCUAAUGACUCAGCUUCUGAGUAAGAUGAGGUUUCUGCCUGUAAGAGCUUACACUCUAGCACAGAACACAGACUGUAAGUAAUACUUUAUAGCUAAAAUUUGAUACAUUUAUUGGCAUGGUAAGUGGUUUGUGUGGAACGCAGAGGUGAUAAUGUAAUUAAUUCUGGGUUCCCUGUAGCAGGUUGGGAGGGGAGUCCAGUGGGAGUGUAGGAAAUCUAUCAAGGAGAACAUCAAAAUGAAGAGAUUUAAACUAAAGGACCAUGGACGAGUAGGCCCUUGCCAGAUGAAGAGGGUGCCUCGGGGAGCAGCGUGAGCAGAGGCAUGAACAUGUGAAAGCCCAUGACGUAGAUGGGAACCCCACAUAAUCCUGUGCGCUGGAAUGAAAGUGGUUUUGAGGGCUAGAAUCUAAAAACGAACCUUGAAAGACACCUCCCAUCAUUCAUGGGUGCUUUCAGUGGGACUCCGGAGCUUCUCUCCUGUUUUUCCUGCCAGCCCACCCCGCCACUGGCCAGGUCAGGUAUUGACUGGAGCAGGGAAUAGCGGUUAAGAGCUCCUGAGUCAGACAGAACUGGGCUCAAAUCCUGGUUCUGCCAGUUGACCUGGUGUACUAACCAUUGCGCAUCCCUCAGAUUGGUUACCACACAGUUACUGUGGGUAACUGAGGAAUUCGGGAGUGGCUUGGCUGGGCAGUUCUGCCACAGGGUCUCUUACAAGGUCCUGAUGAAGAUGUCGGCCAAGGCUAAGGUCAUCUAACGGCUUGAUUGGGGCUAUAGGAUCCUCUUCCCAAUCACAUGACUCUUGAGUAGAGUACGACUGUUGGCAAGAGGCCCCAUUCUCCACAUGGGCCUCUCUAGAGCACUCAUGCUUGAGUGUUCUCAUGACAUGGCAGCUGGUUUUUGCCACAGGUGGCGAUCCAGGAGAGCAAGGUGGGAGCCACUGUACUCUUUCUGAUCUGGGUUCAGAAGCCAUAUGUAGCACUGUCACUUCCACAGUAUCGUAUUGGUCACACAGGUCCAUUCAUUGUGUGAGGGGACUCAUGAGGGCAUGGAAGGGAAGCAAGGAUCAUUGGGAGCUAUUUGGAGGCUGGCUACAUAGUUCACCACUGGCCCCCGGUGAUUCAUGUUCCUCCCUCAUGCAAAAAUAUUCUCGCCCCCUACCAGACUCCUCUUGAGUCUCAUCCCAUUACAGCAGCAGUUUGAAGUCCAGGAUCUCGUCAGCUAACUCAGAUCCAGGCACAAUUGAGCUUCCUUGGGUCCAGCUCCUCAAAUAACAGUUCCUCUCAAUUUGAAGACCAGAGAACUAGACAUAGGUUAUCCAUGUCCCUCCCCAAACCGAAGAUAUGGUGGGAUAGGUAAGGAUAACCGUUGUAGACAUACCCAUUCAAAAAGGAAAAAAACUGAGAGGAUACAGGAGUCACUGAUUCAGACCAGUUCUGAAAUCUAGCAUCUAGCAAGGCGAAUCAGCAUUUCCUUGAUUAGGGCUUAAAGCCUGGGAGCGAUUCUCUUUCACUCUUGGUUCCACCCUCUGUGUCAUUCUUCCUCUCCCAUGAAAGCUAGCCCUGCGGUUUUUUUGGUUUUUUUCCUUUUUUUUUUUAAGCUGAGCCAUCCUGCUACCUGU